CCAGGCCCUCUCGCAGCCUCUCGGCCGCCGGCGCAACCCAGAGCUCGCCCGCGAGGCUCCGCCCCCGCCGCGGCUCUCCAGACACCGGAGCCGGCGGGGCGCAGGGCAAGGCGCGGGGACUGCAGAUCGCCGGCUCAGGGCGUCCUGCCCGGGGCGGGCCCUGGGCGCCCAGGCGCCCGCCUCCGCCGCCGCCGGUGGCCGCUGACGUCAGGGAGGCGAAACCCAGAAGAAGAAGAAGAAGAAAAACGGCACGAGGGCGGAAGGGGAAAAACUUUAUUUUUUUCUUAUUCUCUUCUGGGACUGAAGUGAAGGGCAGGCCACUGCUCCAGCGCGGAGAAAGCCGCGCGCGACACCAACCCGCUGCGCGCGGAGGAGCUGGGCCCCGGAGGCCCGAAGGGGCUCCCGGCAUGUGGGACCCUCAGGACUUUGAGCGCCACUGGCAGGCCGAGUUCCCUGGGGAGGAGGCGCCUGUCAUGCGGCUGGACUCGGUGCUGGACAUGGAGCGCGAGCUGGAGCGCAGCAAACUCAACCUGAAGUGGCUGCAACAGGUGCUGGCUGAGGAAAAGUUCAAAGUCGGCUACCUGCAGGCGGCCCUGGAGAAGCGGGACCUCGGCUGCGGGCGCCUGGAGGGCGGAGACGGGGACAGCAGGGGGGCCUCGGCUGAGGAGCCGGCCGGGCCGGGGGGGGGGGCCGGCGCCGCUCGAGAAGGAGGGCGCAGCGGGCGGCGGCGGAGACGCCCCGGGCCCGUCGGUCCCCUCCACGGAGGUGGCCGCGAAGGCCGAGAGUCCCCCCUACCUGUGCCAGGACCUUCCCACCUGGCCCAGGGCGGCGGGGGCUGGGGGCGCUGUUCGCAGCUUGACCGCCGCCAUCCACCAGCAGCUACUGCAGCCUCGCCUCCUCUUAAGGCCGCGGGAAGACUGCGCGCCCCCCGGCCACGAUGGCACAGUUCCCAGCGCCCCGGGAGAGGAGCGGUCCGCCCGGACCCGCGCGGGGCGGGGCUCGGAGGAUGACGAGCUGGACGCCUCGGGCG